UCAACAGAGGUUUCUUCUCCCAGUUCGUCAGAAACACUGCAGUGACAAGUGCUUGAUGGAUUGUUCAGCGAUCGCCUGCGCUGCCGCCCUUCUCCUCCUCCUCCUCCUGCUGCGGCCAUGUGAAUCCGACGACAGGAUCGUCCCUGGCAAGCCGCUCUCCCCUGGUGCCACCGUCGUGUCGGAGGACGGCAGCUUCGCCUUGGGCUUCUUCGCCCCUGCCGGCUCAACUCCGGCCAAACUGUACCUCGGCAUAUGGUACAACGACAUCCCCGAGCUCACCGUGGUGUGGGUCGCCAACCGAGACGCCCCCGUCACGAACACCACGUCCCCUGCGCCAACGCUCUCCCUGGCGGCCGCAGGCACCUCGGAUCUCGUCCUGUCCGACGCCGACGGCCGAGCUGUUUGGACGACGAACGUCGCCGGCGCCACAGGUACCCCUGCAGCACCGGCCACUGGCGUCGCCGCGGUGCUCCUCAACAACGGCGACCUCGUCAUCAGGUCGCCCAACGGCACCACCCUGUGGCAGAGCUUCGAGCACCCGGCCGACACGCUCCUCCCGGGCAUGAAGAUCCGGGUCAGGUACAGGACGCGGGCUGGCGAGCGCCUGGUGUCGUGGAAGGGGCCCGGCGACCCCUCGCCGGGGAGUUUCAGCUUCGGCGCGGACCCGGAUAGGGUCAUCCAGCUCUUCCUCUGGAACUGGACGCGCCCCGUGAUGCGGAGCGCGCCGUGGACGGGGUACAUGGUCGCCGGCCAGUACCAGGCCAACACCAGCCUCGUCUACGUCGUGUUCGUCAGCACCGAGGAGGAGAUGUACCUGACCUACAGCCUCUCCGACGGCGCGCCGCACACCAGGUACGUGCUCACCUACUCCGGCGAGUACCAGCUCCAGAGCUGGAACGGGAGCGAGGCGGCGUGGUCCGUCCUCGGGGAGUGGCCGGCCGGCUCGUGCAGCCGCUACGGCCACUGCGGCGCCAACGGCUACUGCGAUGGCACCGGCGGCGCCGUCCCAGUGUGCAAGUGCCUCGACGGCUUCGAGCCGGCGAGCGCGGAGGAGUGGAGCGGCGGCAGCUUCUCGCGGGGCUGCCGGCGGAAGGAGGCGCCACGGUGCGGCGACGGCUUCCUGGCCCUGCCGGGGAUGAAGUCGCCCGACGGGUUCCGGCGCGUCUGGAACAGGACCCUGGAGGAGUGCGCCGCGGAGUGCCGCCGGAACUGCUCUUGCGUGGCGUACGCUUACGCCGACCUGCGGCUGAGCAGCAGCGCGUCGACGGGGGACGCGACGAGGUGCCUGGUGUGGGCCGGGGAACUGAUCGACACGGUGAAGAUGGGCGACGUGACCGGCAGCGACACCCUCUACCUCCGGAUUGCAGGCUUGCGUGCUGGUGAGAGGGCAAAGACCAACGUUCUGAAGAUUGCACUGCCUGCAGUUUUGACGUGCAGUCUUUUGCUGCUCGCGGGCAUUUCACUCGCACGGUUCAAGUUCAAAGGUAAAAUAGGAAAUGGGAAAAGACGCAAGAAGCUAAUUUGGGGUGUUAUGGGUAGUGAACUUGGAGAAACAAACCCUGGUCAAGAGUUUGUGUUAUUCAGAUUCGAUGAUGUAGUGGCAGCAACAUGCAAUUUCUCCGAAGCCUAUAAGAUUGGGCAGGGAGGUUUCGGCAAAGUUUAUAUGGGAAUGCUAGGUGGUCAGGAAGUUGCUAUCAAAAGGUUAAGUAAGAACUCUGAGCAAGGAAACGAGGAAUUUAGGAAUGAAGUUAUUCUAAUAGCCAAAUUGCAGCACAGGAAUCUAGUUCGGCUUUUGGGAUGCAGUGUUGAGGGUGAUGAAAAGAUCCUGAUUUAUGAGUAUUUGCCCAACAAAAGCUUAGAUGCUAUCCUUUUUGAUAAUUCAAGAAAAAUGAUGCUAGAUUGGCCAACACGAUUUAAUAUAAUCAAAGGAGUUGCAAGAGGACUUCUUUACCUCCAUCAUGAUUCAAGAUUGACCAUAAUUCAUAGAGAUCUCAAAGCUGCCAAUGUUUUACUAGAUGCCGAGAUGAGACCCAAGAUAGCAGACUUUGGUAUGGCAAGGAUCUUUAGUGAUUGCCAAAUAAAAGCAAAUACCCAACGUGUUGUUGGAACAUAUGGUUACAUGGCUCCCGAGUAUGCAAUGGAAGGUGUCUUCUCUAUCAAGUCUGAUGUCUACAGCUUUGGUGUGCUACUCUUGGAGAUUAUUAUUGGUACAAGGAGAAGCUCCAUGGAUGGCAUUAUAGGUUUUCCAAACCUUAUAGCAUAUGUGUGGAGCAUGUGGAUGGAGGGGAACACAAAAGAUUUGGUAGAUUCAUCUAUUAUGGAUUCUUGUUUGCUAGAUGAAGUUUUGCUUUGUAGUCAUAUAGCACUCUUGUGUGUUCAAGAAUACCCAGAAAAUAGACCAGUUAUGUCAUAUAUUGUCAAUGCUCUAGACAAUGGAAGCACUACCCUCCCAUCCCCCAAUCGUCCUGCAUACUUUGCACAAAGGAGCAAUGAAAUAGAGCAAGUAAGGAAUGAUAUUCAGAACUCAGUUGGCACUUUUACUCUUACAAACAUAGAAGGGAGGUAAACAAUUAUAUUAGUUUUUUAUAUAUCCAAUACUGUGAAAAGUAAAGCUUAAUAAA